AUGGAUGGUCACGGCUACCCGCCGGGCCAAGGCCCGCCUAGCGGCGACGGAGAGUACGGCGAAGAGUGGGCUCGCGACUUGAGGGUAAAGUUCGAGUCUCUCCUCCGUGACAAGAGGAUGACCGACCUGCGGGCAUCCUCGCGCCAAAACAGCCCCCAGCCCAGAGAAAGUGCAAGCAGCACCAACCUCCGUGGCCUCGCAUCACCCGGCCCCGGUCGCCCUUCAACGUCACACAGCUCAACACCCAUGCCGCCAACACCGCCCGCCUACUCCCGUCACCUUCCCAAGAUCCCCACCCCUCCCGCGCCCAACGACCGCGACUCACAAAAGUUUCGCAACCUCAUGAUCAGCCUUUCUCUCACCCCGACCAAGUACGAGAACCCCGGUUUGCUGGACGAGGCCCUGCAGUGCAUACCGCUCGACCGGAUAUACGGCGAGGCCGAGGAGGAGUGUCAAGUGAUGCAGGCUGAGGCCGAGAGCAUGGGAGACGGACGCAAGACCACUUGGGGUUACCAAGACUGUGUUAUCCGCGCACUAUUGAGAUGGUUCAAGCGAUCCUUCUUCACCUGGGUCAACAACCCUCCAUGCCCCGUCUGCCUUUCACCCACCAUCGCUCAAGGCAUGACGCCUCCAACACCCGACGAGAGUGCUUGCGGCGCACUUCGAGUCGAGCUCUACCGCUGCUCAGCCGGCGACUGCGGCGCUUACGAACGAUUUCCGCGAUACGGCGACGUGUGGCGACUCCUUCACACCCGUCGAGGACGUGUUGGCGAAUGGGCGAAUUGCUUCAGCAUGCUUUGCCGUGCUGUCGGGGGCAGAGUUCGCUGGGUGUGGAAUGCCGAGGAUCACGUCUGGACCGAAGUCUACUCAGAACAUCAAAAGCGCUGGGUUCACGUCGACGCUUGCGAGGAGGCAUGGGACAACCCUCGCCUCUACACUGAGGGUUGGGGCAAGAAGAUGUCGUACUGCAUCGCCUUCUCCAUCGAUGGCGCCACCGAUGUUACCCGACGCUACGUACGCAAGAGCGAGUUCACUGCGGAGCGCAAUCGGUGUCCCGAGGAAGUCCUGCUAUAUAUCCUAAACGAGAUCAGGGGUAUCCGACGCAGCAACAUGAACAAGGACGAAAAGUUCAGGCUCGAGAAGGAGGACAGCCGCGAGGACCGCGAGCUCCGUGGAUACGUCAUCAACUCGAUUGCCCAGGCCGUCACCGAUCUCGUCCCUGGCAUGCCUAGCCCGUCUAGCAGCGCGCCUAUCGCUCAGGCUCCGCCCAGGAGACGUGAUGAUACCAAGUUGCCUGCUGAGCAACCUGGUCGCCAGACGGGCUCUGCCGAGUACCUUGCCGCGCAAGCCAACGCGAGGCAUCAUCAGUUCCCCCCUCACGACCCGAGCCGUCGCCGCGACCUGCCUUGA